AUGAAUAUACUACAGAUUAAUGACUUACCAAACUUCGAUACUUCUAUUGAAAAUUAUGAAGUCCAUUCUUAUAAUCCAUAUAAUAAUAGCUUUAGAGAAAACGAUGAAAUAAGAAUUCCCAUACAUCAGCAAGACAUAUAUGUAUUACCAUCAGCCAGUUCAAUUUACAUCGAAGGCCGUGCAAAGCUCUUCAGCAAAGAUGGAAACCAGAUUAAAAAAUCUGUUACGUUCAGUAAUAAUCCUAUUAUGUUCUUGUUUCAAGACAUAAGGUAUGAGAUAAAUGGAAUCGAAAUAGAUCGUAUUAAAAAUGCUGACAUACAAAGAAUACAAUGGCGAGUGCCACAUGUGAAAGUAUCAGAUCGUGAACGACUGAAACUUCUUAAACAUUUAGAAAGAGAUAAACCUAUAGAGAUGGCAUUUAGAAAUUGGGAUUUAUAUGAAUACCCUUUACUUCCUACAGCAACUAAUCAUUCCUGGUCUAUUAAGACUGCGUCACAAUUAGAGAAACCUCGAUAUGUAAUUUUUUGUUUACAAACAAACAGAAAAAAUCAAGAAAUGAAAGACUGUUCAGUAUUUGAUCACUGUGGACCUUUAAGUAACAUAGUGCGCAAGUUGACAUGA